CAUGCCUCCAUUCCCUUUCUUUUAUUCUUUCUCACCCACCCCCGUGCAGCUUGGGAGCUCCCCUUCUCUCUCCCCUGUUCUUCCAAGACCAAGAUCCCUUUGUUGGACGAGGCAAAAUCCCCAAGGAUCACCGAUUAAUCUUUUUCUCUCCCGCUUGGAGCAUAGCAGGAGGCGGCCCACACAGGAUAGUCAUGGCCAAACACAAACUGAAGACCAUUGAUUCUUUCUUCAAGAAGAAAAUUAGAAUUGAUGCAGAGUCGGUUGUUGUUUGCUCUGAUUUCGAAGAGGAAGAGGAAGGGGAAGGGGAAGACGAAGAAGAAGAAGAGGAGGAGGAGGAAGAAAAUGCCCCACUCAGAAGAAGAAGAAGAAGAAUUGGAGAAAGGGUUCAAGAAUUGGAGAAAGGGUUCAAUCCGUAAUGAAAUUGGCGAUGCCAAGUAUUGCUUGCUUGUCGAUGAAUCAAGAGAUGAAUCUAAAAGAGAGCAAAUGGCCCUUGUUCUUCGUUUUGUUGAUAAACAAGGUUUCAGUCGAGAACAUUUUUUCGAUCUUGUUCAUGUUAAAGAUACAUCUUCAGCAAGUUUGAAACAAGAAAUAGAUUUUGUUUUGUCUCAACAUGACUUGGAUAUUCAAAAUAUUCGGGGACAAGGAUUUGAUGGUGCUAGUAAUAUGCGUGGAGAGUGGAAUGGUCUACAAGCCAAGUUCAUGGAAGAGUGUCCAUACGCAUACUAUGUUCAUUGUUUUGCUCAUCAGCUCCAAUUAGCUCUUAUUGGUGCAUCUAAAGAAGUAAUCGAAGUCCAUUGCUCUUGUUGUCAAUACUGUUGUGUCUUCUAGCAAGAGAAAUGAUGAGUUGCAUGCUAAUCAAGUGGCUGAAAUGGAGCAUCUCAUUGAGCUUAGUGAGCUUCAAACAGGGAGUGGAGCAAACCAGAUUGGAACUUUGCGGCGGCCUUGUGACACUAGAUGGAGUUCUCACUAUGGUUCAGUUUGUAGCCUCUUGAAGCUUUACGGUCCUACAUUUUUGGUACUAAAAAAUGUUGCUACUACUAGUGGAUCUGGUUCUUCACCUUGUGCACGAGCUAAGGCUGCUGGUGCUGUUAAGUUGAUGAUGUCAUUUGACUUCGUAUUUAUCCUGCAUGUCAUGAAAGAGCUUAUGGGAAUAACAGAUAUGUUAUGCAAGAAACUGCAGCAGAAAUCUCAAGACAUUGUGAAUGCCAUGGAUGAUGUUUCCACUACAAAGAAGUUGGUACAGCGGCUAAGAGAUGAUGGCUGGGCUAAAUUGAUUAGUGAUGUGAAUUUAUUUUGCCAGAAACAUGGAAUUACUGCUCCAAAUAUGACCGACAACUAUGUAGAUUUCAUUCGGUCUCGUGCAAAUGAUGAAAGUACAUCCGAGCAUCACUAUCGGUAUGAUAUUUUUACAGUUGCAGUUGAACAACAAUUACAUGAACUCAAUUGCAGGUUUAGCGAACAAGCAACAGAGAUUCUCAUCCUAUGCAAUUCUUUGAAUCCCAAGGACUCGUUUAGUUCAUUAAACAUUGAUGAUGUAUGUUCUCUCGCUUCAAAAUACUACCCCGCUGACUUUUCAGAACAAGAAAGAAACAAUUUGAGAUGUCAGCUACAACAUUAUGAGCUUGAUGUACCUACAAAUCCAAGAUUUCAGAAUCUGUCAACUAUAGGAGAUCUUUGUCAACAACUUGCAAAAACAGAAAAAUCAGUUGACUAUUAUUUGAUUGACAGGUUAAUUCGACUUGUUCUCACUUUACCGGUCACAACCGCAACAACAGAGCGUGCAUUUUCGGCAAUGAAACUUGUUAAAACAAGACUCCGAAACAAAAUGGAAGACAUGUUUCUAAGAGAUUUGCUUGCUGAUCUACAUUGAGAAAGAGAUUGCAAUAGGAUUCUCAACCGAUGCAAUUAUUGAUGAAUUCAAUACGGAAAGCCGUCGUGUCGAGUUCGAGUGAUAAUUUUUAGUUCAUCAUUUUGCUUCAGACCUAUCUAUGUGUAGACAUAUGCCUGUGUUAUCAACACUGAAUUGCUUAUAAUCGUAGAUAUUUUGCUAUC